AUGAUGCGAGAUCCGCGUCGCCGGAGCCCAGAGAGCUCUCGGCGGCGAAGAAGAGACCGCCGUGAUUCUCGCGAGCAACUCGCCAGCGCUGCCGACGAGAGCGUCGUAUCGAGUAUUCCUGGUCCAUCAUCUCGGGCCCCAACACAGCAGCAGCCUUUGCCGUCCGUCUAUUCGCCGUCGCAAUCGCAAUACCCCCAAUCCUAUACCGAAUCUCAGAGAUACCCCGAAACCGAGAGAUAUGCCGCCCCUUCUGAGAGAUAUCCCGAUUCUCAGAGAUAUGGCGAGCCCCAACGAUACCCCCAACCCGACCAGUACCAACAUCACCAACACCACCAGCCGCAACAACAGUAUCCCCCUUCCGAGGCCUUCGUUCAGCCUCUAGGCUAUGGCGAACCCGAACGACAUGCCCAACCCCAGCCAUACCAAGGAAACCAUCAGUCCGAGAGGAUGCGCCCGCGAGGCGGCUCCAGUUCUUCCUCGUCCUCCUCAACCUCCUCCUCCAUGCUCAACAUCUCAGCAAAGAGCCCUAAGUUUGGCGGCAUCUUUAAUACUUUCUUCAGAGCCCCCUCGGAGCAGCGCAAACGUCGCAGGAGGAAGAAGCAGAAGGCCCGCAUUCUCUCCUUUGGCAAUUCCUCCUCUUCGUCCGUCAAUUCUGACAUGGCUUACGGUCGCGGCUACAUUGACCGCGACAAGAGUCAGCUUACGAGCCCCAGGCCACAGGGAUACGCGAGUCCUUCGUUGUACCGCGCUGAACCGACUGACGCCCACCAACAACAACCGCGGCCCCCGAUGCCUCGUGAUAAGACCGACGAAGAAAUUCUCGAGAUUGGACGCCAACUGCAAGACAUUGCGCGCAGGCAGAAUGAGCAUGACCUCAAGUCUGCUUCCAAGUCACGGGCGUCCCAGCUGGCCGGUACCGCGGCUGGUGCCGCAGCCGCAGCCGCCGCCUUCAGCCAUUUCCGUAGUAAGAGUAAGAGCGACACCAAGACCAGAGGAUCUGGCACUUCUAAACCUAAUGAAAACGCUUCCUCCUCGGACGAUGACUGGGAAUCGGCGUCUGAAGAUGAGUCUACUACUACGGAUGAUUCCGACAACGGCCUGGCGUAUGGCUCCUCCAUCAAGCCGUCCAAGUCGGCAAGAAUUUCAAACGAGCCUCCGGAGCAGAUCAAGCCACCCUCGCGGAGGAGUACCAUUGUGGACCCACGCCUCUUCGGUCCCGUAAACUCUCUUCGCGGCGCCGUAAAAAGCCCAUGCGGCUUUGGCGAAGAAGACCCCCGGUCCGCUGGCUCUUCCCGGCGCCACCACGAAGAGACGGUAGCGCAGGUCGAAUCGCCCAAGACUGGGAAACAACCGAUGCAGCGUAUAUACCCCGUGCCGACCUCAGACCCGGACAAGUUUGACUACGACCGUAGCUCUGUAACCUCAUCCCGCCAGGAUGUCCCUCAACGUGCCCGGCCCGACCCAGUCCCCAUCCAGCAGCCUAUUCCCAUUGUCCCUCUCCCGUCCAAGGUGUACGAUGCAGAAAGAUUCGAGGAGGAGGAGCGCCGGAACUCUAAGCAGCCCCGCCAGCCGCCCAAGGGAAGAAGCGCUGCUGAGAAUGCCAUCGCUGGCGUAGGCAUUGCCGCUGCGGCUAUGGGUGUGACCAUGGCUGCUAAACGUAGGGACUCGGGCGAGUAUAUGGAACGACGAGAUGACCGUCGAAGUGAGGUACGGGACCAUCAUCGGAAUGACUUCCGCGAUUCCUGGCAAAGCCGUCGUAUAGAGGAAGAGCCCGAACGCCCAGUACCAAUUGAGCUGGAAGACCGCGAUCCUCGUGAUCAGAACGACCCCCGCCGGCCCCAUAGACGCAACAACGUUGAGAUCAUCGACGACCGAGACAAGCGUCGGGCUGGCCGUUCUGAUCCCGCCUAUGAGGCCUUGAAGAAGCCCGACGUCGAGACUGACCCUCGCCCGGAGGUGUACAAGCUGCCCCAGGGUGACGAGAUUCGAGUUGAGUACGACCCAAAAGAUGACCACCGGCCACGUGAGGAACCAAAGGAACCUCGCAGGGAUGACCGUAAGCCGGUGGUGGUCGUGGACGAACGCCGGGAUGUGAAGCGGGUAGAGAAGCCGACUGAGGCGCCCCGAGAGAAACAUGGGGUGGAGCAUCCCGAGGCCCCCAAUGCACAAGCCCCUAUUGACCCUUUCCAGUUCCAGGUCGCUGAUGAUGCGUUCCAAACGCCAAAGUACGCCACCCCGAAGAGGCCACUGACUCCCCAGGUCGUGACCGUCGACCGCGAACCCAACUUUGACGAUUCUCCGCCGAGGAAGCCCGACUACUCCGAAUCCCGAAUGAGCCGCAAAGACUCCUUUGAACUCGAGAAGCGUCUGGAGCAGUAUCAGCAAGGAGCACGAGACCGUUCCCGGACCCCUGAGCCGCGCCGCCGGAGAGAUUCCCUUCAGGAGGAACAGCAUGCUGCAAAGUCCAUCUACGAUGAGGCCAAGCACGCUACCGUGCCUAUAGCCGCGGCCGCCAUUGCUUCUGCCAUCGCCGUCGAAGAGGAGAGAUCACGCAAGCAUCGCAACGAUCAUGUGACCGAGGAUGGCUCUCGCGACAGAUCCCGAACUACCAAGGACGCCAUACAGGAAGAGGCCGAUCGGUACUACCGUGAGACUGUCAUCGCCCGCAAGAUCGCCAAGGACGAGAUCCGCUCGCGCAGUGCGUCUCCUCAUGAUGAGUCUGUCGUCGGCAAGUGGCAGGACCACGAUGAGGGCCCUGACAUCGUUACCAUCGUAACACCGCCCGAGAUGGAUCAUCCUCACGACAAGAGCCCGUACGACGCCCCCAACGCCGAUGUUCGCAUUGAUCAUGUCAUCAUCCCCGACGAGCUUUCUCGCUUCCGUCUGCCUCACCGUCAACUCGAUCCUGGCGCACAGCCAAUCUUCCAGUCUCGCGAUCCUUCUGCUGAGCGUGAGCGACCUCUGCUGAACCUCGUCUUACCCACACCCGUUGUUACCCCGCGCCACACGCCCGCCCCUGAAAAGCAAGCGCAGGAACAACCCUCCAGUAGAAGUCAAGAGCCUGUUCAACCACGAUCCGUUACUUCAGCUGAGCCACCUUCUUCUGCGACCGCGCCUGCCACAGAAAUCGUUUUUGGACCCAGAGGCGAGGUUGUGGAAAGGCCGACAACGCCCACAGCCAAGUCAGUCACUUGGGGCGAGAAUGAGACCAAGAGCUUCCAGAUCGAGAGCCCAGAGCCUCCAAUCAAGGAGCUGUCCAGCACCUCUAGUAAGUCUAAGAAGAAGAAAAAGAAACUGGGCAAGAGUUCACCGUGGGGCAUCAUUGCUGCGGGCGUUGCCGGUGGAGCUGCUGCGGCUGCAGUCUCUGAAGCCUCUGAAGCCCCCAAGAUGCGCGAUCCUUUCGAGAGCAAGCCCGAAGAGGAAAGGGAGCGACACAGUCCCCCAGAGUCACCAAAGUCCCGCAGCGUUGAGCCUAUAUCACCCAUCAUCGAAGCCGCCCCAUCUAAGCUCACCACGUCGUUCGAAGAUGACGCAGACUUGCCUCCCGCCCCAGGCCCCAAGCCUUCUAGCCCUCAGACGUCUAGGAUGCCUGGCGCCUUUGCAGAUGAUCUAGAAUUUGCCUCUGUGUUGGCGGCUGGUCUUCAAGACACUGGGUUUGAUCCCAACAUUGUCAUCGACAACCCCACCUACAUGCGUCGCGACAGCCCACCAGGACAAAGUGAGCCGGCCGUUUACCAGCAGCCGUUCGUCGAGACUGUCACCGACCUGGGCAUCUAUGGUCCCGAUCAUACCCAUGAUGGGCCCACUGCAGGCGACCGCGGCUUUGUCAUUGGCGAGGUGCCAGAAACACCAGUCACAGAGAAGGAAAUGCACAACGGCCACGCGACCGACUCUCCUCGUGAAAAAGAACGUCGUGACAAGGGCAAGGCUAAGGAGGUGCCAUUCAUCGAGCAGGAGCCGCCAGUUGAAGAGACUGAACCGUCGAGGAAGCUGAGCAAGAAGGAGAAGCGCAAGCAAAAGGCAUCAAAAAGGCAAAGUCUCGACAACGUGCUACCUGAAGAGACGUAUGGUGCCCCCGAACCAAGAUCACAGCCCGAACCUGCUCCUUCGUCUGCACCGGCCCCUGUCUACGAAAGACCACACGGCUAUGAUGACGUUCCCGAAGCCACAUCACGACCUGAGCCUAAUCCAUUUGCUCCGAUGGAUCAUGCAUACGCCAGAUCUCACAGUUACCACGAUGUCGCCGAAGCUGCACCACACCCUGCACACGCUCCAUACUCGCAAGCAAUGCCCGCCUACGCUAGACCUCACAGUUACUAUGGCGAGCCUACAACGGCUUACCGAGACCAACCUGCUCCCUACGCAGAGACAGGCCCUUCUUAUGAGAGGCCAAGCAGCUAUUACGAUACCCCUCAAAGCCCGGAAACCGUUGUGGCGCUUGGCCCGAAGACUCGUGGAUUUCAAGACGCACCCACCUGGGAUUUGCCCACUUCUUCUCUGACAACACACCCUCAUGACGAGACUCCCGUCUCUAGAACGGUGGAGUCCGAAGCUGCCCUAACAGACCCUGAAGCCUCCACAUCGGCGAAAACAAGAAAGAAGGACAAAAAGAAGAAGAGUCGUGGCUCGAGAUCUGAAAUCAUUGUCACAUAUGACGAUGAUGAGCCAGAAACUCAAGAGCCAUCUUCUUACAACGAGCCGAGCACGUCCCGCGAGAAAUUGCCCGAGAGGGAUUCAUACCGCUCUACCGAACCCCAAGAGGCCGGCGACGACGCAUGGGAUGAGCAUGCGAAGAAGAAGAAGUCCAAGAAAUCCAAGCAGAGCUCAGACGAAUGGACAGACGUCGACAAACAGAGCGAUUACACCGCGACCCCAACCGUCGAACGAAGCAGCACUCGCGACGAUCUUGAAGACUGGGACGACCUCCCGGCCAAGUCUCAGCGGGACCGUUCCAAGUUCGAAGAGCGAGAUGUGAGCUCUGUAGUAUCUGACCCAUCGAGCAGGCGAGACAAGUCCGAGCGCCGUUCCAAGAGUAGCCGGAUUGACGACCGCGACGUGAGCUCAGUUGUCUCUGAUCCUGCGAGCCGCCGCGACAAGUCAGAUCGUCGAUCCCGGAGCAGCCGAUACGAGGACGCAGACACCAGUUCGGUGGUCUCUGACCCCUCAAGCCGGCGUGAAAAAUCCGAUCGCCGGUCCCGCAGCAGUCGCUUCGAUGAUAGGGAUGCUAGUUCAGUUGUGUCCGAUCCCGCCACACGGAGCGAAAAGUCAGAACGUCGUUCCAAGAGUCGCCGUGAGGACGAUCGAGACGCAGCUUCCGUAACCUCUGACCGUUCGUCUCGUCGUGAGAAGUCUGACCGACACUCGAAUGGAACUCGCUACGACGACGAUGCCAAGUCGGUGGUGUCGGAAAGCUCCGAACGUAAGAGACGCAGCCGAGACGACAAGAAGAGUCCCAAGGAAGAUGAGAAACGCAGUAGCGGCUUCUUUAACAACCUGUUUGGAAACAGAAGCAGCAAGGAUGUUUCCAGCAAGGACGAGAAGUCGUCUUUUUUAGAUAAUGCCGGCACCCUUGGCGCGGGUGCCGGCUUGGCGAGCGCCGUGGCAGCUUUGGGCUCCAUGAUGUCCCGCUCCAACGCCACCGAACCGCAGUUGGAAGAGUCGUCAGAUGCUCUUCGAGAUCGCGAGAGAUCCGCCAGUCCCCCGCGAGACCUAGACAUCGUCGACCCUGAGAUCGUGCCGCGGACUAUUAGACCUGCCAUCGACCCUCAGUACGGAGAUUUCCUCCCCCUGCCACCCAGCCCAAUGCCGCCCAGCACUCCUGGCUCUCCCACCCAGACAGACUUGGAUGAACUUCCUGCCCUGCCCGACAGCCGGCCGGAGACACCACCGGAGGAGCGGAGGCGUCAGCACGAGACCAAGACGCCAAAGACACACGCCCGCAAGCGUAGCAACAUGGAGACACCGAUCAGAAGCCCGAGUCAGACAGCCGUACCCUUCAAGCUGCGACUGGGGCAGAGGUCGACACCUUCGUCUCCAGGUACCUUCGGAGUCUCGCCUGUCACCUCGCCAGCGGUGCCGACGUUCCCCGAGACCACACACAUCACCCCUCCUCAUCCCGCUUCCCUGUCCAGGCGCCCCUCGAGGCCCAUCUCGUGGGAGAACAGUCGCGAGAUCAAGCCCCUCUACCUGCUUGAACAGGCUCGUCAGGAAUCCGCAGCUCAGUCAAUGGAGCCACCCAUUGAUUUCCCAGAGCUGCCUCCAAGCGAGCCGUCAUCGCGGGAAUCUCCUGCACCAGAAUUCACCCUGCGUGAUGAGGAUGUGAAUUACUUCCAUCAGCUUCAGGCAUCGCCCUUUGAGCCUGACCUUCGUCUUGACACGGAUAUGUCGCGCUAUCCUGAACAAACAACGCGCCGUUUCAGCUCGCAGGAAACCACUCCGAAGGCAGAGCACGCAGUCCAGCAUGCCGGUGCCAUGUUUGAUGCGGCAUCACCUGGCUUUCCCCCGUCUGCAGAUACCGCCAGGGGGUUGGACUUGUCAGAGCAUGAGCUAGAGAAGCUGCCCGCACUUCCUGCUAGCCCUAUGACAUCCCCGGCAACGGCCAUUGCCAGUCCUACUCACCGUUCGAACAUUCCGGAGUUCAAGUCAGGGCAGUUACCUGCUCUACCCGACAGUCCCGUGACACACGCAACUGAGAUGCCCGAACCGGAACAAGUCGAGACGACGUCCAAAGAAAGAAACACACCAUCAAGCCCUACACUGAACCGAUCGCGCGAUGUUGCCGCCAAUUUGACCGAGAUUGACCAUGACGGCCACUCCCGCGAUGAUGCUAUUGGCGCUCUACUGGGAGGUGCCGCGGCUGGUCUGGGAGCUGCGUAUCUCGUAGACCGUCUCAAGUCUCACGACAAGUCAACAGAGAUUGGUCGAGACGGAAAGACUUUGGAUGCUCCCGAACCAGCGGAAUUACCCAUAAUCGAAGGCAGGAUGUCCAAGAAAGACAAGAAGAAGAAGAAGAAGGGCAAGGGCGCGUCAGUCGAUGGCAUUGUCCUCCCUUCUGAUGGGCCUACUUCUUCUGCUCUUACGCCAGAUGUCGAAGAAGCGUUGGUGUCAGCGGAGCACCUCGCAAUUGACUCCACCGACAAGGACUUCUUGCCAUCAAUCGAUCAGACUCGCGCCAUGCCAACCGAGGAGCCAGUUCACGCCUCAACUAGCAACACUAUUGACGUUGCGCCAGUCGACAGAUCUGUGGGGCCCUUGGCCGAGAUUCCCUCAGUCGCUGUCUCCUCGAACGAUGAGAUUAAUUUGGAUGUUUUGCCACCGCUUCCUGCUGCGUCUGCCGACGAGCAUGCGCUUCUCUCAGCCGAUUUUGGUCCCUCAAUUGAUCGCGCCGAUGACCCGCUGCUUUUAACUCAAGAUACUCCGCCUGUGGAGCCCACUGUUCAGGCACCCCAUGCAGUCGAGGACCUUCCAGCUGUGCUUGAUGGCAGGCAUCACGCCGGCAAAUCUGUCGCGGAGGACGUACUUGUGGAUCGCAGUGCUCUGGUCGAAGAUGUCGCUCCCGAAACCGUUACAUCUGAGCCUUUGCUCGAGGACGACGCGUCUGACAAGAAGCUCUCCAAGAAGGAGAGAAAAAAGCAACUCAAGAUCAAGAAGGCUUGGGAGCAGGCUCAGGCCGAGAUGCAGGAGCUUGAACGAUCUGCCGAGCCGACUGAACAGAACAGCAAAGCUGCCUCCGAAGCAGACACAACACCGCAGCCCGCCCUCGCGCCUGUGUUUGAACAGACCGCGGAGACAACUGAAGCCGAGCGAGCCGCGGGUAUCCCGCUACCCGAGGUCUCGGAUAAGGUGUUCGAAGCUCCCCUGGAGUCCCUAGCUGACGUUCAGCCCACGCCCAAGCCGGAGAUUGCUAUCGAAACAAAGGCACCGUCCACUUUCCUACCCGCUAUUGAACAAGCGGCGGCUAUCCCUCUCCCUGAUGCCUCAGACGAAGCCUUUGAUGCUCCUCUUGACUCCUUGGCCUCUAUCGAGCACCAGCCUGACACCGCUCUCGACGCGAAGGCCCUGCCGACUUCUUUGCCAAUCCUUGAACAUGCUGCGGAGAUCCGCGAGAUCGAGCAAGCUUCAGCUGAACCGCUCUCUGAGAAGGUUGAAGACAUGUCUCAGUCGAAUAUCAAGGAGGUGCCUGAAGAACCGGCCAAGGUCGAGGAGCAAGUCAAGAUCGAGGAGGUGCCCAAAAGUGAAGAGGAUCUCUUUGCUGGCUUGAGCAAGAAGCAGAAAAAAAAGAAGAUGGCAGCAAUGGCAGCUGCUACUGCCGCGGCCGCGGCUGCCGCUAGUGUAACCAACGAAGCUGACUCUUCUGAAGCCAAGGAACCCCUCGUCUCCUUAAGUCCCCUUCCGGAAGCCGUCUCGGAGCCGCCAAUUGAUGCUGAGAAGGCAACGAAGACCACCACGGAAGCGGAAACAGCUGCAAGUGUUCCUCUUCCUGAGAUCUCGAAACCUGUCCCAGAGACCUCUCCCGAGACUAGAGAAUCUCUUGGACCAGACAAUGCCCCCAAGGAGAAGGAGUUUUCCGAUGUCGAGCUUGCCAUUGCUGUUCCACUACCUGAGAAUGUCGCUGAGUCGCUCGAACCGGAGGUUGAGCAGGCUCAGCCCGAACAGCAGACUGAGGUCGACGUGGACCCAUUUGCUGGCCUGAGUAACAAGCAGAAGAAGAAAAAGAAGGCUGAGAUGAAGGCUGCAGCCGUCGCCGCCGCCGCAGUUCCGCCUCUUGAGCAUGCCAACGAGUCGCUCGAACCGGAGACGUCUCUCAAGCCAGUCGAUGCCCCAAAGGAGAAGGAGUCUCCUGAUGCCGAGCUCGCUGCUGCCAUUCCACUACCCGAGCAUGUCGACGACUUGCUUGAACCAGAGGUUGAAGAGGCCAAGCCCGAAGAAAAGCAAGAGCAUGUCAAGGAGCUGCUUGACCCUGAAUUCGGACAAGCCAAACCUGAAGAGCAGCCCGAGGUUGAGGUGGACCCCUUUGCUGGCUUGAGCAACAAGCAGAAGAAGAAAAAGAAAGCCGAGAUGAAGGCGGCCGCCGAGGCUGCUGAGGCUGCCGCCGCUAUUGCCGCCACCGAAGCAGCCGAGGCUACUGCUGUUGACGCCGCCACUGUUCCACUUCCUGAGCAUGUGGACGAAUCACUAGCAUUGGAGGCUGAACAUCCGAAGACCGAAGAGCGACCCAAGGUCGAGUACAAACCAGUGGUCGAGGAGAAGCCAGUGACCGUGGAGAAGUCAGCGAUCGAGGAGAAGCCGAUGGAGGAGGUGGAUCCCUUUGCUGGCCUCAGCAACAAACAGAAGAAAAAGAAGAUGGCCAAGAUGAAGGCGGCCGCAGAGGCCGCAGAGGCUGUUGCCACUAAUGCCGCCUCCGAAGUUGCCGCCGCCGCCGUUCCAAUUCCUGACGAGCAUGUCAACGAAUCACUUGAAUUGGAGGCUGGACGGCCUAAACCUGAGGAGCAGCUCGAGGUCGAGGAGAAACCCGUGGUCGAAGAGAAGUCGAUGGAUGAUGUGGACCCCUUCGCCGGCCUCAGCAAUAAACAGAAGAAAAAGAAGAAGGCCGAGAUGAAGGCGGCCGCUGAUGCUGCUGAACCCGCUGAGGUCAGCAGAGAAGUGGAAGUCGAACAGCCCACCGCCGCAUCACCGACGCAACCCAUCGAAGAGAGCAAUCUAGUCGCCGAAGCAACUGCUACUCCUGAAACCAGCAUCUCUCAAGCUAAGGAGGCCAUUGAGCUUGAGCAGCCUGCAACCACUUCUCUCGCAGACGUCGAGGAGAAGAAGCCUGAAACAGAGCCGGAGCAGCUCAAGGCAGAGGAAGAUCCGCUUGCAGGUUUGAGCAAGAAGCAGAGGAAGAAGAAACUGGCUGAGAUGGCUGCUGCUGCUGAGGCUGCCGCUCAAGCUAGCGCUGGUCAAGCCAGCGAGACUCUCAAGGCGUCAGAAGUCCUUCCCGAGCCUUCUCUGGCACCCUCUGUCAAUGUUCAGGAGGCCAAGGACACGGAUGAAGCUGAACAGCUGCCGGCACUUCCCGUCACGGAGGAGCCGGUUCCCGCCCCCGCCCUAGAUGCGGCCCAAGAACCUUUGCCUGAUGUCAACAAUUCCAAGGAGGAAGUCGAGACUGACUUGCCUGCUUCACCUCUGGUUCCUGACACUAAGAAGGGUAAAAAGAAGAAGAAGAGCAAGAAGUCUUUGGAUGCGACAAACGAAACCCUUCUAUCUACUUCAGCCCUCGAGCCCUCAACUGUUUCUUCUCAACAAGACACUCCUACAUUGGACAUCGAAGCAAGGUCGCUUGGCACCACUAAUGAUGUUACAUCCUUGCAACAAGAGUCCGCCCCUGAGGCGCCAGAAGCCAAGUCCGCUGAAAUCCAGCAAAGCCUCCCUGACCAGCGACUCGAUAUCCGCGGCCCCCAAGAAAAGCUCGACACACCAUCGGAAUCACUGCCGCCCCUCUCCGAAUCUAACGACAAGUCACUCGGUCCAUCUGACAGCUUGGCUGAGCAGCAGGUUGCAACUGUUGACCAAGACAUCAAGCCUGCCGACACCGACGUGGCGGCUAUUGAAGAGACUCAGCCUGUACCUCUAGCACCAGAAGAAAGCCUGGCCACGCUUGAAGACGACCCCUGGCAGCUAGACGAGGACCCAUGGCAACAGCAACCUUCAGUCUUUGGCCAAGAUAUUUCUGCUUCAAAGAGCGACGAGGUUUCGCAGCCACCGGCCGCUGAUCAAAUCAUCGAUGACACCCCGGUUGAACCGCUUGAGGCAGAGGUCCCAGCUGAAGCCGAGUCUACUUCCUUGUCCAAGAAGCAGAAGAAGAAGCUGAAGAAGUCCAAGAAGGACCAGACCGCCGAAGCUUUGAACGAACCUGAAGCAAAGCCUUCUUCCACCGAAACAGAUGCAAGCACACAACCUUCUGCUGCGGAAGUGGACUUGGUACCGACCGAUAACGACACUUCUCUAGCUGUCUCCGCAGAACCUGCUGUCGAGAACGCAAUAGUCGAAGCGCCCGUCGCAAAAGCAUUGGAGGAGACGUCCGUCUUACCCGAUACUGAACCAGAUGCUACCACCAUUCCUCUACCUGAGGAUGAUACCGACUUCGUUGAGCAGAUCCCCCGACAAACUGUUGCCGAAGUGGAUGUUGCAGGAGUGCCUCUUCCCGAAGACGCUGCCGAGAAGACCGAUGUAUCUGAACCAGCUCCGACUGAGAAGGAUGCAGCUGCAAUCCCCCUUCCGGAGGAUAUUACCGAGAAAGCCUCCAUUCUUGCCCCUGAAACUUCUGACAAUGUGCCAGCCAUUGUUGACAACGCGAUGGCAACUUCUGAGCCUAGUCUCACGGAGCCGCCACCGGCUGAGCCCAUUCAGCCUGAUGCAUCUGGCAAGAAAAAGAAAAAGAAGAAGAAGGGCAAGGGUGCUUCGCUGUCGCAGCUGGAUGACGUGAUGUCGUCUGAGUCGACUCCCCUCCAGUCCCCAGGCGUUCAGACUCCUACCACUGAAGCUCCUACCAACAAGGCUCCCAUCAAUGAGCCUGCUGCUACCGAUGCCCUUAUUGGCGAAGGUCCCGCCAUCGACACCCCGGCGUUCGAUGCUUGGGGAAUCGAGAGCCCUGCUCCCGAGUACUUUGCUAAAGCUUCUGCCAUUGAUACUCCCUCUGUCGAGACUCCUUCCGUCGAGACUCCUGCCGUUGAGACCCCUGCCGUUGAGACUCCUGCCGUUGAGACUUCUAUCGAGACUCCGGCUGCUGAGACUCCGGUCGUUGAGACUCCGGUUGUUGAGACCCCGGAGGUUGAGACUUCGACAGCGGCGGCAGAAGCGCCCGUAUCGAAUGUCUCAACUACAGACGCACUGGCUGAAGACCCGUCCAGCCAGAAAACCGUCACCGAUACCGACGCUUCUGAAGCCAUUCCUGUGGACGCACAUCACCCAGAAGACACCAACCUUCAGACGGCCCCAGUCACGGCGGACACUCUCGAGGCCCCUACACCUUCUUCGCCUUCUACUGAGCAACAGCAAGAUUCAGCUCCGACCGAGGAGACUUCUAAGUCACUUAAAAAGUCGAAGAAACAGAAGAAGAAGGACAAGAAAGCACCCGAAGAUAAUGUCCAGGUGCCAAGCAUCAACGAAGAGCUCCCUGCCGAACCCGCAAAGGGUACUUCAUCCAAUGCAACGAUCGAUGAGAAGUCCUCUGCGACUGACGCGCAGAAAGCCGAUCAAUCGCAGGAAAUUGAUAUCAAGCCGACAGAUUUCGCUGUAGAGGAGGCAACUCAAGUGGAACCUCAAACGCCAACAAUGACCGAAAGCCAGGAUGAGGCUUUCCUCACACCUCCGCAAGGGCCUGCGACUCCCAUUAGCCCAGACGAGGUUUUCGAGAAUGCUUCCCAGGAGCCGACACUUGUUGACAGCCAAGUUGACUCGCUUGAGUCCAAACCGCAAGAAACCUUCGCCGAGGACCAGCAGGAUCGUGGUCCGGAGUCUCCAAUUGAACCCGAAGCAGCAUCAUCCAAGAAGAGCAAGAAGAAGGCCAAGAAGGCUGCUGCAGCCGCCGCAGCAGCUGUCGCUGCCGCCAUAACAUUGGAGCCGGCCGUUGAGGACGCUACCAAGGAUUCGGACAAGAAGGAUACUAAGGACGAGACGGUCACGGACGAGUCAAUCACAGACAAGACGGUCACAGACGUUGAAAACUCGAACACGACCAUUUCAGACAAGAUUGGGGAGAUGGAGCAAUCAUCGCAAGAACCCACCGCGAGCGGAGAAUUCGCUACGGACAGCAAGAUUUCAGAGGAGGCAGACCCAGGACCAACUGUUACCAAAAAGGGAAAGAAGAAGAAGAAGGGCAAGAAGUCUUCCACCCUGGACCCGGAGAGUACCCUCGAAAACUCGGCAGAUGUAGCGAAUACAAGAGAACAGUCCGCUUAUUUGACCUCUCCAUCGGGAGAGCCUAGCAGUGACGAAAUCCCCUUCCCGCAAGCAGACACGCCGACAGAGGCUGAGUGGCCGACUGCUACAACUGCGGGCAAGAAGAAGAGGAAAUCCGUGACCUGGGCACCUGAACUGGAGUCUUUCUCGACCUUUGUUGAACCUAAGCCUGAAAUGCCUCAUGAAGGCGACGGUGGCUUGGACACGACAAGCAACAUCGAACGCGACUCCAUAUCUGAGGUAUCUUCCACUGUCGAGCCAAGCUCGGCUCAGGAUGCGUCAAGGGCAGGGGAGUUGCCCGAAGCAGGCAGUCCAGGCGAUGUUCCGACCUCGCAAGGUUUAGACGAGGAUGUCGACCAACAAACAGCCACAGUUGUGGCGGAGAAGGAUCUCGACUCUGAUGGCCAAGCACAGAUGCACCCUGCAGGCGAGCCCAGUGAGGAGGCCCUGCCCACACUGCAAGACACAACCGCGACCCCCAGCGAUGAUGUUCCGUCAUCUCCUGGGCUGAACACAAGCACGCGGGGAGUUGCAGGCAAGCCAAUGGAUUCUCUGACCCGGGAGCCUUCAACGCCUGCCUUUUCCAGUGAAGGCGGCGCUGAAGUGGCCAACGAGAAGGGCGGUGAGACAUUAGAGCGGGAGCACGAGGUAGACGCGGAGCAGGUGGCUAGGGCUCAGGCUGGUGCAACAUCGGACCCCGAAGCUGCGGGCCGCCCUGACACCAUUGACGAACCAUCAGCGGGAUCCAACGCUCAAACGGGAGAGGUCGGCAGCCAGGACCCCGGCCUGCAUGCGGGUGUGGAGCCGAUUGACGACAAAUCACUGGAGAACACGCAAAACAGGCGGAUAGCGGAUGACCAAGCCGUGGGACCGGCCCUCACCGACUCGGCCCUGGAGCUUCUGGAGGCUGGAGACCCACUUCAACCCCCGGUCACAGCCUUGGCGAACCAAGACACAAACACGGCGAUCCCCCAACCUCUAGGACAGGGCACACAGGAGGGACAGACCGAGACCCUUCUGCAAGACGUUCAACAACUAGACAAAAUUUCAGACGUCGAAAAGAAGGAAGAAGAAAAGAAGAACCAGAGAGACGAAUUCGAUUCUCUCGCCGCCAAUGUUGGAUUCCCGGGUCAGUCAGAUCUAUCGGAAUCUUUGGGUCAACCGAUCUUGCCGGAGCCGCAAAUAGAGCCGCUUUCGGAGACUCUUCCCGGCCUUGAACCAACAGGGGACCCGAGUACCACUCACGACCCCGAACAGACCGAAACACAAGUCGGUCAGGAAGACGACGUUGGUUCUGAGCCCUCAAGCUCGAGCAAGAUGUCCAAGAAGGAAAAGAAGAACAGCAAGAAGAAGACCAAGGCUGCAACAUCUGAACCAAUUCCUCAGGAUGAUGUCCAAAAUCUCAAGUCACCGAUUGUGGAAGAUGGAGCCCCGGCUGUCAGGGCCGUUGACGAAUCAGUCCAAGCACCGGAGCAGGCGGGGCCGAAUGUCACGGACGCCCCGGAAGCAACCGCCGUAAGAGAAGCAAUCGAGGCUGGCGAGGAUGAAUGGGCAAUUCAACCAGCUGGCAAGAAGAGUAAAAAAGACAAAAAGAAAAAGGCUGCAGCUCAGGCAUCUGCUGCAGUGGAAGAGCAGAGCACUGAGCCUUCGCCUGCGCCUGAAACGCGCGAGAUUCCCACCGAGCCUGAAGCGCCUUUACAGUCUUCAGUAGACCAAGCCUCCAAGGGUAAUGAUGCUGGCGACCACAAGUCAACAGAGGAGUCUGCGGACACCCCGGAGAGCGCAGAGCCCAAGCAAAGUGAAGAGGUUCGGGCCCCGGCGGAAAGCACAUCAGACGAAGUUCAAAGUUCACCACAGCCAACGACAAAUGAUGAGCUGCCGGCCGAACCAGCAGAGGCCGACAUCAAUGACUUUGAGCCGACGAAGAAGAGCAAGAAGGACAAGAAAAAGAAGAAGAAGCAGCAAAGUCUUUCAUUGGACGAUAGCCAGGAACUCCCUCAACUGGAGACUCCGCUAGAGAAAUCUUCCUCUGCUUCACCUGACAACGCCCCUUUGCUUGGCGACGCAGCACAAAUUCCAUCUGAAGAUGUGCAAGCUUCAUCAGAGCCAGAGUCCAAAGGCCCGCUAAAGGCCGGUGCUCAGGACCUCUCGACUUCGAAGUCUGAGGAAGAACCACCGACCCAGGACUCACCAGCAACUUUGCAGCCUACCAACCUGGAAGCAGGAGCCUCCUCUGCCCCUAUGGCUGGAGUAUCCGAAGUCAAGCAGGAACUGCCAUCAGAGCCUUCCGGCCAGACUGAUCCUUCUCCAGCACCGCUCGAGACACCUGCAGACAACACCACUCCACUUGCAGAGGAAGAGUUCCCAGCUGUCACCAAGAAGUCCAAGAAGGAUAAGAAGAAGAAGAACAGUCUUGCUUCCGACACCCAAGAUGAGCCGCCAGCCACGCCGGAAGCGCAGCUCGUGGCAAAGGAGAUUGACCUAUUAGAAGCACCGCAGAAUUCUGAGCCACUAGCAAUGCCUGCCGUCACGCAGGCCGCAGAGGAGCCAAACCCCCAAGCCGUGGAGGAGGUGGCUACUCCACCAGAGACAGCGGCGAACACCGAGUCACCAACCGUUGUAUCCGAAGAUCCCAUCUCUAAGAACCAAACGCCGACUACUGUGGAGGAAGAGCUUACCACCUCGAAGAAAUCGAAGAAGGACAAGAAGAGCAAGGACACCGCGCAAGAUAUUCUAGAGGACUCUCCUGCUCCAGAGGCAGAAAGCACGCCGGAAUCGAUACCCGCAUCGCAGGUGGAGGAAGCUCGCGAAGAAGCCGUCGUUCCUGGUGACGAAGCGAUCGCCCAACCGAAGGAACCCGCGGAAGAGCCCAUCGUCACGACUGAGCUUCCCGAGCAGCAAAAGGAAGAAUCUGUCAAAGUAGAGCCUGAGCAAGACAAGGGUAUCGAAGAGACGGCGCCUCUGGAAUCGGAGCAGUCUAAGGUCGAGGAGGAUCCCUUCAAAGGCAUGAGCAACAAACAGAAGAAAAAGAAGAAAGCAGAGAUGGCCGCUGCCGCUGCCGCUCUGGCCGUUGCUCAGGAACCCACGCCUGCCGCCGAGGAACAAACCGCCGACUCCACGCCUGCUACUCUUGAGACCCCACCAGAGGCGCGGCUUACUGAGGAAACCGCUGCCGAGGAACCUUCUGCGCCAGAACCGCAAACUCCAGAUGAAGUCAAGAGUAUGCCAGAGGUUACGCCGGAGUUGAUGAAGUCUGAAGAGGAUCCAUUCAAGGGUAUGAACAAGAAACAAAAGAAGAAGAAGAUGGCCGAGAUGAAGGCGGCCGCUGAAGCCGCUGAGGCUGCCGCCACUGUCGAAGCUGUCGAGGUCGAGAAGCCCACGGAAGACGAAGCUGCCGCUGAGAAGCUUGUCGAGUCGCACCCCACAGAGGACUUGGUCGCUGAGAGAACCUCCACCGAGGAGGAGCUUACUGGGAGGGAGCCUGCCGUUGAGAAGCCUUCCGAUGAGAAGUCUGCCGAUGAGAUCCCCAUCGAGACACAUUCCACAGACGACGCGUCCGGACUGGAAACUACCACCGAGGACAAGACGCCUGUCGAAGAGAUGACUUCUGACAAGACUACGAUCGAGACGCCGACCAAGGAGCAGUCCGCCGUGGAGCCCGAACGCGCGGCGGAACCAGAACUUGUGUCAGAGGCAGUAUCAGAGCCAGCCAAGGCAGACGAAGACCCUUUCAAGGGUAUGAACAAGAAACAAAAGAAGAAGAAGAUGGCCGAGAUAGCUGCCGCCGCCAAGGCUGCCGAAGCUGCUGCCGCUGGUGAGGCUGUCUCGGAGGCCCAACAAGUACCUUCUGAGCCUGCUCCAGCCAAGCUCGUCGACGAGGAGCCUAUUGUUGAGGAGUCUGCUGCCAAGGAGACUGCAGCUGAGUCGAAGCCCGUGCCCGAACCGGAGCUCGAGCAGCCUCAAGUCGAAGAGGACCCUUUCGCUGGCCUGAGCAAAAAGGAAAAGAAGAAGAAAUUGGCUGCAAUGGCCGCUGCUGAGGCCGAAGAGAAGGCAGUUGAGCAGAUGGUUGGUGAGGACAAGGUUGCCGAUAAGAUACCUGCAGAUGUCGCUCUUGAAGAGACUCCUGCUGAAGCCCCGACUGCCGAGGAGUCGACUCUUGCCGACAAAGCUACCGACGAGAAGGCUGUUGAAGAUGUGCCCGUUGCAGAGGUGCCCCAGGUCGAGGCUCAGGUCGAGGAGGAACCCUUCAAGGGCAUGAACAAGAAGCAGAAAAAGAAGAAGAUGGCUGAGAUGGCCGCUGCUGCAGAGUUGGCUGCAGCCACUGCAGUUUCAGAGCUUGCCACUACAAAAGCUCCACAAGUCCCUGUAGAGAAGCCCGAGGAGAUGGCAGCUGAGAGCAAGAUCGUCGAAGAGACUCCUGCAGAGGCAGCUGCCGAAGAGAAGCCCAUCGACAAGUCCGAGCCGGCAUCACCCAUCGACGAGAAGGACCCUUUCAAGGGCAUGAACAAGAAACAGAAGAAGAAGAAGAUGGCCGAAAUGGCAGCAGCUGCUACUGCUGCAGCCGCCGCCGGGGUCAUCGCAGCUGAAGUCAAGGAUAUCCACCACGACAAGGCUGCAGACGACGAGGCAGACGUCUCAUCCGAGCAGCCACCCGCACCUGAAGUAGAGACUGCCGCGACGUCUGAGGAUGCUCCUAGGGAUGCUAGUCCUGAGCUUCUUGAGGUGAAGGAGGCGUCAGAAAAGCCUGAGAGCCAGAUCGAUACUUCCGCAAUUCCGGAUGUCAAUGUCGAUGACGACUUCCCGAUGAUCGAGAAGAAGACGAAGAAAGACAAGAAGAAGAAGGGCAAGGCCUUGGAAAUCCUUGAGCCUGAAUCUGGCCCUUCGCCUGGUAUUGCCGCCCAAUCAAGCGAACCUGUCGCAGAGCCUUCUAUCGAGGCUAUUGCUGAGAGCGUCCCGGAGCCUCCGCUGAGCGAUCCUACUCUAUCCACCGAGGGCAUACUUGCCGCAGUAGAGGAGCCUUCUUCGUCAAUGCCAAGUGCCACAAUCGACCAGUCUGCCGAUCAGUCGAUGCAUCUCGAGAGCCCCAAAGCACCUAUCGAGGAGCCUGCCAAAGAGGCCACCGAAACGAUGGCAACAGACAAGCCUCUCCUAGAUGCCGAUGUUGCUGCUGCCGCCGAGGAGUCUUCUAAAUCUGUGGAGGAUGAUUUCUCCCCGAAGCUGUCUAAGAAGGAUAAGAAAAAGAAGAAGAAGGGCAAGCUUCAGGACGACUCGGAUCGCCCCUCUGGAACGACAACACCCACCGUCUUGGAGCCUUCAGACCACCUUGAUGUAUCUACUCCUGAUGUUCAAGAAGCACCGGCUGCCGCUAGCACCGAUGUUCCUGCACCUGACUCAACCGAAUCGACCAAAGAAACUUCGGUGGACAUCUCGGAACCCCAGGUAGAUGCCGUCACUGUAGACGUCAGAGAGACGACAAAGGUAGAAAGCGAGCCUCCUUCUGUUACCAAUGAGGCCGAGGAGGUGCACGUGGCCAAUGCCGAGUUGCCGACCAUUGAUACAGAUGCUACUUCAGCCCUAGUUGGAGACUAUUCCGCUGAAAUUCCCGGUGUGGCCCCCGUCGAGACCCCUGUUGAGGCGUCUGCCGAGAUUCCAAACAUCGACGACGAAUUUCCAGCCUUCCAGAAGAAGUCAAAGAAGGACAAGAAAAAGAAGAAGGGCAAGACUCAGGACGACAUUGAGAUCACAUCGGGAGCUGCCACUCCAGCUGAUGCACUCGAAGCUGAGAGGCAUCAAAUACAGUCGCCCGAUAUCUCUGUCGAGCCAGUCAAGACUCCUACAGAUGCCAACUUCCCCGAGGCAGAGCCAAUUUCCACCCCAAUUCAAGAGGUGGAGGACCGUUCCGUGGCGGAAAUCCUCGCGCCAGCGCCCUCGGCUGAACCGAAGACUGUCAUCGAUCAAGAUUCCAUCGCUAAGGACUCCCAACUUCCAAUCGACGCACCAGUUGAGGAAGAAUGGCCCGAGAACGCGCCCGUCAAGAAAUCUAAGGACAAGAAGAAAAAGAAGAAGUCCAUGGUCGAGCAGGAUUUGGAUCUUGCAUCUGGAACCGAGACACCGAUGGAGACCACCGUUGAAGACAACGAAAAGGAAGUAGCACAUAUUGAUGAUGCUAUGACUACCGACACGCCCCUGACCUCCGAUAGCAAGAUGGCCUCAGAUGUCCCGCUUGAUAAGGCCUCAGUGGAACCGUCACUUGAGGCUGACUCGACACAAGUAUCAGCUCCAGAGGUAGCACAGCCUUCGUCAUCGCAGGAUGUCUCACAAGAACAGCUGGCGGCAGACAUACAACAACCUUCUCCUGCGCUCUUGGCCGAGAACCAGCCUGAGCCAUCAGCUUCUGUGAAAUCAAUCGAGCUUAAGCCCGAGAAGACUGCCGAAGAGACAGCGGCUGCCGAGGAGCCUUCAGAGUUCACAGUCAACAAGUCUAAGAAAGACAAGAAGAAGAAGAAGAAGUCUACUACAUUGACGGAGCUUGAACCCCCUACUCCAAUUGCCGAGGAGCAAGUGGCCACCUUGGAAAACACUGCCACCGAUCCCAUCGAAAAGCCAAACACCGCAGGAUCCAUCUGGGAGAGCUCAGCCGUCGAGCCUGUGGAGGGAACGGCCUUGCCUGCUGAGGGGUCAGCCUCAGUGAUUCCGGAGACUGAGCCCGCAGCUGUCCACUCCCAGGAUGCUCAGCCAAGGCAGUUUGCAGAGUCCGACAUGCCAACGACCACUCUGGACCUUGAAUCCAAGCCAAAAGGACUGGACAGCCAGUCUGAUGCUGCCCCUUCGACUGAGCAAGAAUCCAUCGCUCCCAUCGCAGUUGAGAAUUUGCCCGAGGGUGCUUCUGAUCAAGUCCGUUCAGUCGAAAGUUCCAACGUCGUGGCCGAGCCAGAGGCCGCAGCUCCUGCUGAUCUUGACGAUUUCAUGCCUGCGAAGAAGAGCAAAAAGGACAAGAAAAAGAAGAAGCGACAGAGCCUGGCAUUCGACGACGUCGAACCCGAGUCGCCCCUGGCUUCUGGCACGGCAACACCUAAGCUUGAGUCGACGGAGCAGCAAGAAACCGAGCGAGCUUUCGAUCAACAGCCUCUUCCAGCGGAAGAUAUCUCGACACACGAGGACCAUGCUUCGAGCGACAAGCCGGCCUUCACGAGGGAUGAUCUCGCAACAGACAGAUCCCUCGAAUCCACUUCAGUGCCUCAACCCCUCCCCACUCUUGACGCCUCAGCUAGCCCCCAAAUAAUGGACGCCAUGACACCUGAACGCCGAGAAGAUCUCAACCAAGUUCAGACAAUCUCCGAAGAUACGCUGGCUACUGAAUCUACGCCGCAGCAGGUUGUCGGUGACGAGACGAUCCCAGUUGACCAGGUGGAUGAAGUCUUGCCUAGCGCUCCAAUGGAUGUGUCUGAACAGGACGAUAAGCGCCCCGUAGAGGCAACGAGCGCACCAGAUGUCCGUGAAAGUGCCCUCACGGAGGAACCUGAAGAGACCUUUGUCGUCAAGAAGUCUAAGAAAGACAAGAAAAAGCGCGCCAGCCAGGUGCAGUUUGAGGAGCCGGCCUCGCCCAUCCUCGAGACCACCGAAGCUUCUGAGCAAGCCACCUUCGCCGAGCCAGGGCCUGAGGACAUCUCUCGGGGGAUCGUUCAGGAGCCCGAAGUCAUCGACCUUGCACCGCAAGAACCCAUUGCGGAGGAGUUCGUCUCCAAGAAGUCUAAGAAGGACAAGAAGAAGGCCAAGAGACUUUCCUUUGCGGAUGAGCCAGAAACGAUCGUUGAGGAGCAGGCCAGCGCCCCAGUCUUACCUCAAGGCGGCUUCGCCGCACUGGAGACGUCAAAGAACCUCCCGGUCACCGCUGCUGAGACGGAUGUUGCGAAGGGCUCUAUUUCAUUGAAAGACCCAGGUCAUCAGACAGCGGCUAUGCUCGAACCAGAAUUAAUGACUGAACCUGUCGCUGCUGGUGAUGAUGAAUGGGACAUUCCCGCCGCCAAGAAGUCGAAGAAGAACAAAAAGAGCAAGAAGCAGUCAAUUUCACUGGAUCGCUCUCCCAUCAGCGCCAACUUACAGCCGGAACAAGGAACGAUUGUGCCUGGACCUAGCCGAACUGAAGAUACGGAAGACACGGUUGAGUAUUUCGACAGUGCACCUCGCGAAAUCACUCGAAGCCCUUCAGCGCCACCACCUCCAGAAACCGCAUCAGCCCUCGAAUCACCUGCAGGCAUAGUUCCCGAGCCUGUGGGUGUCAAUACCACGUCUCCUACUUCGAAUAAGUCAGUAGACAUCGAUCUCACUCCCGCACAGGAGACCAGCAACGUCGUUCAUGAACUGCCCUUCGAUCAGUCAAACAAACGCAAGAAGAUGAAGACGAGAGAGUUGUCCGACACUCUCCUCCCCGAGCCGAUUGUCAGCUCUAGAGAUGUUGCUGCUGCGUACUUUGAUGACCGUGAGACACCAGCAGCGGGCAUCAGCAAGGUUGAGGAUGAGCUCCCUACCCCGGAAGCUGAUACACCCCUUGGAAAAAAUAUUCCUGGGCACAGCGCGGGCAAAGAUGAGCCUCUUCGGGAACCAGAGCCGGCUGCAUCCCUUGACAUCGCCGCUUCGUACAUGGAGCACAAGUAUGACCACAAGCCGGAUGAAUCUGUCCAGCCAAUCACACCAGAGAAGAAGGCAUCCGAGUCAUCAGGCAUCGGCGCCGCAGUCGGGGCAGCAGCAAUGGCUGCCGGUGCGGCAGUCUUUGCUAGCAAAUCGAGCAGCGGUAAGAAGAAGAAGGGAAAGAAGUCGAAGUACGAGGACAAGCGCGCAGCACAAGAGGAAGACAUGUUUGAUGAUCCUUCUCUCUGGGAAGGUGCCGAUAGGAAACAUGUCAGCGAGAUUGCAAGCAAAGAGGUGGAAGACUUUUGGGGCGGCGGCGAGAAUACGGCCGAUGACCAGCUACCUGAGCAGUCAACAAGAACAAGCAUGAUGGCGGACGACGUUUUCGGUCCCUCGCUUCAGCAACAGGAGGGCGUCCCCAUUGAAGCACAGGAGACUAUUGUCUAUGAACAAGAGCCCAACGCGUCUCCAGUAUCUCAAGGCUUGGUAGAGGACGUAUCAAAAGGAAGGUCACAGGAGGAGGAACAGGCUAAGGAUGUUCUGAGCCUCACAGCACCGCUCAAGGAGAAGGCUCAAGACGACAACAUUGAGAGCCCGAUUCUUGGCAAAGAAAUCGGAACGGAGCAAGCGAGCGAGCCUGCCAACAUCACGACACAACAACGCUCACUGAACCGGGGUACCAGGUCUCCCAUGACAAACACCAUGGUUAGCGAUAUGGAUGAAGCAGUCGAUCGUGGGUUCGAGGCUGAGGCCCGUCGCGAUCUAUUCGUCGGACGUUCACCAAACAGCCCUGAGCGGACCUUUGAGAUGGGCGGUUUCCGGAGUCCGGUGCCGAGCAUCUUGCCGCCCGUUCAGGAGGAGGGUCACGAUGGAAGCGAUAUCGAACCUCGAUUGCUGUACAGGCCUGCUUCUCGCACAACCACAGGCUCACCUGACCCAACACGAGACAGCGGCUUUGUACCCAGCUCGCCUCACCCUCUCAGAAGGGGAGGUUUCGAUAAUGAGGAGCAACGAGACAGCGGAGUUCAUCUUCGGGAUUGGCAGGAACAAAGAUCACCAGGCCGCGAUGGACAACGGACUCCAGAGUUGAGGUUUCAAAAAAGCGAAAGACGACGAUCUAGAGAUCUGGAGAGAGUCAAGUCGCCGGAGAAGACCUCACUGAUCGAAGGAGAGGCUCGCGAUCACCCACUUUCCAGAACACCCGUAUUGCGAGAGCCUGCAGGAAGGGAGUUGACUCCAGAGCCGCAGAAGCACAAACGGGGCAUCAGCCCAGAGCUUGAGAUGCGAAGAAACAAGUACCAGGACCUGGCGUCGGCUGCCUUGGCUGGUGCAGCAAUCAGCAGCACAGUCUCGUCACCACGCAGUACUCCGCCACCAGGUAAUCGCAGCGUUUCCGACAGGGUAGCACGGCUGCAGUCUCCAGCACCUACAGAGCCUAUAGCGCGCAGGUCCAUGUCCAACAGCAGCCUGUCACGGCACCGGCGGGCCACUGGGGCGCUAACGCCAGAACCGCUUAAGUUCCGGCCUGAGAGCCCAGGCAUCCAACGGUCAGGCACCGCCACCCCGCCUCUUCGCCGGGUCGACAGGCGUGUAAGCGGAGACUUGCGAUCCAUCAGCCAACGAAGUCAGCUUGACCUCAACAAGGACCCCAAGGACCCGACCAGCUCCUCAAACACCCCCGUCGCCAACGAAGGUCGUGUCCGUACCAAGGACAUGGCCGACGUCUUCGAUGGAUUCGGUGAAGGCCGCAUCGGCUCUCCCCGAUCGCCUACCCGUCCACACAGCAUGCGACGUCGCCAGAGCAUGCAAGUCCUCGAGCUCGAGUCCCGCGUCGAACAAUUGAUGGCGGAGAACCGCAUGCUCACAGACGCCCGAUCUCAGACCGAUACCCACAACAGCAACAGAGCCUCUGGCAUUCUGGCAGAGCGCGAUGCCGAAAUCGACGUUCUCAAGCAAUCACUUGAGUUUCUACAAAAGGAGGUUGCCCGAUUGACAGAGGUCAACGAGGGCUUGAACAGCGCCAAUACCCAGCUUGCUGCCCAACACAAUGAGCGUUACCGGUCAUUGGAGACCCAGCACUCUGAUGCCUCCAGGCAAUUAGAGCAAGCGCGCACCGAGCAUAACCACUUCCAGGAGUCACUGCUCCAAAAGGAUGCCGAGAUUGGCCGCCUACGCUCUGAGCUCGAUGCGGCCAAGGACAAGAUCCGACAGAUGCAGCGCCAGAUCCUGGCAUCCAAGGGCGCUGACAGCGACUUCCUCAAUGUCAAGGAUGUCGACCACUUUGACCACAGAUGUCAGCAGCUCUGCUCUCACGUACAGCAGUGGGUUCUGCGCUUCUCGAAGUUCUCUGACAUGCGCGCCUGCCGCAAGACAAACGAGAUCAAUGACGAAAAGGUCAUUGACCGUCUCGACAACGCCAUCCUCGAUGGCACCGAUGUGGACACUUACCUCGGCGACCGUGUCAGGCGCCGAGAUGUGUUCAUGUCCAUGACGAUGAACAUGAUUUGGGAGUUUGUGUUCACUCGCUACCUCUUUGGCAUGGACCGCGAGCAGCGACAAAAGCUCAAGUCGCUGGAAAAGCUGCUUACCGAGGUCGGCCCUCCCCCGGCUGUCCGACAAUGGCGCGCCGUCACCUUGACGCUGCUCUCUAAACGCCCCAGCUUCAAGCACCAGCGCGACCUCGACACCGAGGCCGUGGUCCAAGCCAUCUUCCAAACGCUGUCCAGGGUCCUCCCUCCCCCUUCCAACCUGGAGGACCAAAUUCAAUCACAGCUGCGCCGUGUGAUGCGGGAGGCCGUCGACCUCUCCAUCGAGAUGCGCACCCAGCGCGCCGAGUACAUGAUGCUCCCGCCGCUGCAACCAGAGUAUGACGCCGACGGCGAGCUCGCCGAGACUGUCACGUUCAACGCGGCGCUCAUGAAUGAGCGCAGCGCCGACAAGUCUGCUACCAACGAGGCUCUCGAGGCCCAGAGCGCCGUUGUGCGUAUCGUCUUGUUCCCGCUCGUCGUCAAGAAGGGCGACGACGGCGGUAACAAUGACGACGAGAUUGUUGUGUGUCCUGCCCAGGUGCUGGUGGCUCGGCCCAAGGGCAAGUCCGUUAGGCUGUUUACGCCCGGGAGCGACGCUGGCGGUGCGUCGCUCGGCGGGCAGACGGCGGCCACGCACAGCGAUCUCAGCAUGGGAACUUUCUUGCCCGAUCAAGCCUCCAACUUGCGGUAA